AUGGGCUGUUUCUGCGCGGUCCCGGAGGAAUUUUACUGCGAAGUUUUGCUCCUGGACGAGUCCAAGCUGACCCUGACCACACAGCAGCAGGGCAUCAAGAAGUCAACGAAAGGGUCGGUUGUCCUGGGCUACGUAUUUCGUCACUUAAACCUGGUGGAAAUAGAUUACUUUGGGCUGCGUUACUGUGACCGAAGUCAUCAAACGUACUGGCUGGAUCCUGCAAAGACCCUCGCUGAACAUAAAGAAUUGAUAAACACUGGGCCACCAUACACUCUGUAUUUUGGCAUUAAAUUUUAUGCAGAGGAUCCAUGUAAACUUAAGGAAGAAAUAACAAGGUAUCAGUUUUUCUUGCAGGUAAAGCAAGAUGUUCUACAGGGCCGUUUGCCUUGUCCAACCAAUACUGCAGCACAGCUGGGAGCAUACAUAAUUCAGUCUGAGCUGGGGGACUAUGACCCGUACAAGCACACUGCAGGUUACGUCUCCGAGUACCGCUUUGUUCCUGACCAGAAGGAAGAACUGGAGGAUGCCAUAGAGCGGAUACACAAGACUCUGAUGGGUCAAGUUCCUGCUGAAGCAGAAGUGAACUACUUAGGUGUGGCCAAAUCUCUGGAAAUGUAUGGAGUGGAUCUCCAUCCUGUUUAUGGUGAAAACAAAUCUGAAUACUUUUUAGGAUUAACACCCAUAGGAGUUGUUGUCUACAAGAAUAAAAAACAAGUAGGAAAGUAUUUCUGGCCUAGAAUUACGAAAGUUCACUUCAAGGAAACACAGUUUGAACUUCGAGUCCUCGGAAAAGAUUGCAAUGAAACUUCCUUCUUUUUUGAAGCACGUAACAAGGUCACAUGCAAACAUCUCUGGAAAUGCUGUGUAGAGCAUCAUACAUUUUUCAGGGUGCCAGAGAAUGAAUCAAACUCUCUGUCAAGAAAAAUCAGCAAGUUUGGAUCCAUAGGUUAUAAACAUCGGUACAGUGGCAAAACAUCUUUGCGAAUGACCAGAGACCCUUCCGUGCAGCUUCCACGGCCUGACCAGAGCAUUGAAAGAAGUCGCAGCAAGACUUACCCCAAAAGAACACAACAGACAGGUUCUAAGAACAUGAGCCAGAUUACAACAACUGGGGAAAAUGAAGGAACUACCAAAAUUAUAGCACCUUCUCCAGUGAAAAGCUUUAAAAAGAUGAAAAAUGAAAACAGUCCAGAAACACAAAGAAGCAAAACAAGCGCUCCGUGGGAGGAAAAUGGGCAACAGAGUGGACUGUAUAAUUCUGCCAGUGACCGCAAUAAAUCACCGAAGUUUCCUUACUCUCGCCGAAGGAUCCCAUCUGGUGGCAGUGAGAAUGAGUCUGGGCAGCCAGUUCGGAGGAGGAAAAAUCAAAACAGUGGCGAAGAUUCAGAUUUAAAGCAAAGGAGAAGGUCACGGUCCCGUUGUAAUACCAGCAGUGGCAGUGAAUCCGAAAAUUCCAACAGAGAGCAUCGGAAGAAGAGAAACAGGCUGCGGCAGGAGAAUGAUAUGGUUGACUCGGCUCCUCAGUGGGAAGCUGUGCUGCGGCGGCAGAAGGGGAAAACCCAGGCAGAUCCAAACUACCGGCGAUCCAGGCACAGAUCUCGAUCGAGAAGCCCAGAUGUACAAGCUAAAGAAGAACUGUGGAAACAUAUUCAGAAGGAGCUUGUGGAUCCAUCUGGCCUAUCCGAGGAGCAAUUGAAAGAAAUUCCAUACACUAAAGUAGAGACUCAAGGUGACCCCAUCCGUAUCCGGCACUCGCACUCGCCUCGCAGCUACCGGCAGUACCGGCGGUCCCAGUGCUCUGAUGGGGAGAGAUCUGUCCUGUCUGAAGUGAAUAUCAAAACUGAUCUGGUCCCUCCACUGCCUGUUACACGAUCUUCAGAUGGAAAAGUUCCCAGCAUCCAGCUGACUCAACAGAGGCAGAAUGGAUCUAAGGACAACCUAAUAGAAGAACCACCUCUGCUAUCCACUAAUAAUGUUGAUGGAAAACCCAACACUAAGAUUGUAAAAACUGUACAGGUGUCACGCUUCAAGGUGGAGACUUGACUGAUGAAUUGAAGAUGGUGAAUGGAUUUUGGUCUUUGGAAAGUAAUAAUUUUUUUAUGUGUGCAAGGGAAGGAACUGAAGUCGACGUGGUGGUCUUUCCUUCAGGACACCUGGCAGUGCAGCCUGCUUGCUGGGAAGACCAGGCAAUGGUUUUAUCACCAACACCAUUCUAGUGGUGUGACUGAUUGAGGACAAGCUGCCUGAUAGACAUCCAAACCAAAAGUUUUUGCAAAACUGAAAGAUCAGCAGUUACAUUUCCAAAAAAUGAACAAAAAAAAAUUGCUGCAACAAAACAGGCUUCAUGGUCUGCUUUGUAACUGAAUAGCCUUGUUCCAAGAAGCGACUGUUAACUGACAUGAUCAGGAUCAGAUGCUUCAAGUUAAGUAAAAUAGUCAUAUUUUUGGUCAAUUGUGCAAUACAGUGUGAUAUGGGGAAAUUGUCUUCACAAUUUAUAUGGGGAUCAACUUAUGUUCUGAGACAUAAGGACAGAUAGCUCUUACAAGGGUUAUUUUAACCUAGCACAAUAACAGAUGCUUGUGUUGUUGAUACAAAUUCUGACUCAACCCAUUUUAGCUCAAAAACAAUAGACUCUGUAACAUGCUGUAGCAGUGUGUUCCAGAGGUGAUACAGACUCACUUUGCUUUGGGCAGGUUUAAGUGUUCUAAAUUUUGAAUGUCCUUUCGUGUAGAGGGACUAUUUAAAUGAACAUUUUAUACCACAGAAAUACAUUUACCAGCUUGUAGUAAAGCACACUGGAAACGGGGGAAUAUAAAUUGACCCACUGUGUUAAGACUGCUUAACAAGGCACUUCAGUGCUGGUUAAAUGAAACUUGUGGAGUAGUAUUUAAAACAGCUAGAAAAUAGCUUUUUCUUUUUUUUUUUUUUUUUAAUCUAGAUUAGCAAAAUCUGUCUUAAUAUCUCAUAUAAAAUAAUCUGACACUUCUCUGAGCCAUUUCUACUAUGUUAAAAUGACAAAGGCAGUAUUUCAGGUAUGAGAACUAUAAUUUUUUUUUUCUAUUGUCAUGGUAGGAAUACUAAGUUUUAAUUAUGCUGCACUGAGUUUUAAUGGUAAUGAUUAAUACGAAAUUUUAAUGAUGAUUGACUGGGUUAUCUUCUAAUAUGUAUCUCAAGUGAUGCCUGGCUUUCCUCUUUUCCUACCGCUUCUUACAAAUAUCUGAAAAUUACUUCUCUGCCUCCCAUUUGUCCACAGUCAGCACAUGGAUGAACCUUCAGGUGUUGCUGACUUGCUAGGGAGCUUAGCAAAGUCUUUGUGUUGUGGAAGUAAUUUGUAGCUAAGUGUAAUCACUGAACUAAGUACUGAAUUUGUCAAACAGUGUCGCAAACAGCUGUAGCAGCUCAUGUGCCUUUCUACAUCUGUCCUCUCUGCACUCAAUCCUCACAACCCACAGAGACUUGCAGUGAUCCUGUGUCUUCCAGUCCAAGCAACACCAGGGAAUUGCAGCCCUGUCAGAAAAGCAACACUGCUUGAGAACUGAAGUUAGCAUAAGGUGUUUAAGUUACACCUUACAAGAGGCAUGGGAUUACUAAUACACAUUUUAACUGACUAAACUGGUAAGCAAAAUGUUGUACAAUGUGUUUUAUUUUUCACUUUAUUUUUUGAUUCUUCAUUGUUCAUGAUCUGAGGUGGUCAGGUGGAUGUUACUAGCCAGGGUGGCAGCCAUAGUUUGUAUAUUCCUAUCACAGUAUGGAGUGGUCUCUAUGCUGGGAAGUGCUGCAGGGAAGGCAGAUUCACUUAACAAAUACUUUGGUCAUUUACUUGGGACAACUCUGCUUCUACAGUCUCAGUGAACAAAUCUAAGGGAAGGAAAGAGCAAGAACCCCUCUGUAGUAAAAAUUCAGUUUUCAUGGAGGUUCUUCACAAUUUUUUUAAUUUCCUCUGGAUUUAAUUCUAGGACAUUGUUGGGCUUGGCUUAAAGUAUUUGCUCAGCUUUUUAAGUUUGUUAAAUGGUUUCAUUGUCAUUGCUCCAAUUUAAAAUGAUCCUUUAGGAUCUGUUUAUGAACUUGUAUAGUAUUGUC